AGGCCACCUGUAUGGGCGGAAAACCCAGCAUUGCCAAAUUUCAAUUUUGCUGAAACGGAAUUCGUUUCAUGCAAAGCGAAUUCUCUCCCCUUCCCACUCACACUCUCCGUGCCACUGGACCCUCAUUCUCAGUCACCCACGCUUGCCUUCGGUUCCUUCUGUGUCCGAACCGCGCAGAGAGAGAAACCAGAGAAUCAGGAACUUAAAAGCACUUUGGAACUCUGAAAUUGAUGGAGGAAGACCAUUCUUCAACUAUUUUAGAUGCUGAAGUUGUUGGGAUCAGAUUUAGUCUGGCUACAUUUCAUGAAAUUUGUACAGCAUCGGUUAAUGACUCUUCAAUUAGUCAUGCUAGUCAGCUGUCAAAUCCAUUUCUUGGGCUACCCCUUGAAUUUGGAAGAUGUGAAUCUUGUGGCGCUUCUGAAGCUGAAAAAUGUGAAGGUCAUUUUGGAUAUAUUAAGCUACCAGUUCCGAUUUACCAUCCAAGUCACAUUAUUGAAUUGAAGAAGAUGCUCAGUUUGCUGUGCUUAAACUGCUUGAAAAUGAAAACAUACAAGAAUCCAGCGGCAAGCAAUGGUUUAACACACAAGCUUUUGGCAAGAUGUUGUGGG